AUGGCGUCGAGUGCUCUGCUUCAGCAGAUCCAGGCAGGAAAGAAGCUGAAGAAGGCAGAAAUGAAUGACCGCAGUGCACCAGCGCUGGAUACGCCCAAGGGAGGAGGCGGUGGAGGAAGAGGAGCUAUUUCGACAGGGAACUCUGGGUCGCCAUCGCCAAUGGGAGGAGGAGCGCCUCAGUUGGCGGGACUGUUUGCUGGGGGGAUGCCAAAGCUGAAGCCGGCUGGACAGAACAGUCCCGCGAAGGCGCCGUCAUUGGGUAAGCCGCCGUCCAUUCCAAAAAGAGAUGUCCUUAGUCCAGUGCCGCCUCCACGCCCCGUACCAGUCCCCGCCACUCCUAAACCACCCGCACGACCAACUCCGACUUUACCCGCGAGGUCAGUCCCCACGCCUCCCCGCAGAGUACCCUCCCCACCGUCGAGUGCACCGCCCCCACCCCGUCGGGUGCCGUCUCCACCAACGAGCACCCGCCCGCCUCCUCGCCUCCCACCAGCCACUCCUUCCCCUGCUCCUCCAGCACGUCCAACUCCUUCACUCCCGCCUCGCAUGGCGUCGCCAUCUGCCCGCCCACUUUCUAUUGCCCGCCCACCGCCUGCUAUUCCACCUAGAGGCAGCUCACAGCUCGCCCAGUCUCCCACCAGACACGUCCCCGUUCCACCGACUCUUCCUGGUCGUGCACCGCCUCCACCGCCUCCCCGGCCAUCGAGUACCGGGCCGCCCACCACGUUCGGACGCGUCGCACCUCCGCCUCCGUCAAGGAGACCCCCGCCAGCAGUCGGACACACUCCACCAACACGCGUCCGUGCCGUGUCUGAAGCUGUGCACCAGCCGCCGACCCUGCCACCGUCACGUCCUGCUAGUCUAGUGCCCCUUGCAACUAGGGUAAGGACCACGUCAGCCGGUGGCGCACCAUCCGGCGGACUCACUAAUGGGUCAACGCUGACAACAAGAAAAAUACCCUCUCCUCCCGCCAGUGCUGGAUCCCAUACGUUCCCUAUCCACGACUUUCCACCGCCUCGUCCCUUCCAGCCGUCUGUGAAACACGGCGGACUCUCGGAGUUUUCUUUUUGA